AUUCAGUGGAGAGUGCUCGCCAUUUCCACUUCGGGAAAGUUAAAGUCUAAUGAAAAGAGUUGUACGCUUAAGUGAUAUUUUAAACCGCUCAUUGGUUAUAAGCAGCCUUUAAAGGUCACGAGGCUGUUCAAUUUUCAUUUGUUGGCCAAAGAAAACCCGGGACAACCGAGACAUCAUGUCGAAGGCUAAAACGCAGCAACCAGCGGUGAUACAUAAAGUCAUCAUGGUUGGAAGUGGAGGCGUGGGAAAGUCGGCAUUAACAUUACAGUUCAUGUAUGAUGAGUUUGUAGAGGAUUACGAACCAACAAAAGCCGACUCGUAUCGGAAGAAGGUAGUGCUGGAUGGAGAGGAGGUGCAGAUUGACAUCCUAGACACUGCCGGACAGGAAGACUACGCAGCAAUUCGGGAUAAUUACUUUCGUAGUGGGGAAGGUUUUCUCUGUGUCUUUUCUAUCACGGAGCAAGAAUCUUUUCAAGCCACGGCAGAAUUUAGGUAAGUGUGUUUGAAAUACACAUUGUGC